CAAAAGUAAAUGAACCGAAUACAGACAGGUAGAGGUAAAGCAGGUGCAGUCUCAGACUGGAACAGGAAAGUGUGACGAGGCCAGACAGAAAAACACACUACAGCCAUGGGUGCAGGAGCCUUGACAUGUUUGAUGUUUGUAGUUAUUGCUCUGAAUGCAAUCGCUGCUGCUGCAGGACUGGCAUUAUUCGCAGUGGGCAUUUGGGUAGCAGCAGACGGGUAUAAACUUUACCCCAUAUCUGGUGUGUCGGGGAAAGAUGAUAUCUUUGCUGCAGCCUGGAUUGCCAUUUUUACAGGCUUUGCCUUCUUCCUCACAUGCAUCUUUGGCAUCUUUGCUGCCCUGAAAAGAAGCCGUGGAUUCAUGAUGGUGUACCUUAUCAUAAUGUUCAUCAUCUUUCUGUUUGAAUGCGCAUCCGCCAUCACAGCAGCGACCAACCGGGAUUAUCUGGUUGGGAACAGUAACUUUGUAAAGAAACAGAUGCUGCAAUACUAUGCGGACAGCAGCACACAAGGAAAGCAGAUUACACAGACAUGGAACAGAGUGAUGGAACAGGUCGAGUGCUGUGGAGCAGACGGUCCGGCAGACUGGUUUCAGUAUAACUCCACCUUUAAACAGACAUUCAAUUCUACAUACAUCUGGCCCCUCAGCUGCUGCAAGAGACUGAGUACCUUUGAGGUGGAAGAUAAAGAAGGCUGUAAGGUUGGCAAGGCCACCACCAUAUUCUCAAAGGGUUGCUUCCAGUACAUUGAAUCUGUGUUAAGCCGUUACACCUGGGCUGUGAGCUGGUACGGUUUCUCUGUUCUCAUAUUAGUGUUUCUCACAUUAGUGAUCGCCAUGAUCUACUAUAUGCAGCUGGAAUAACUACGGACUCAGCAUGAUACAUCUGCCAGCUGCACAGAUGCUUCCACUCUUGCGGCCACCGAAUAUUACAGAUGAUUGAUUGCACAUGGAUAAUUGAUAUGACAGGUUUCAUGAAUUCUUGUAUAAUUAUCAUACAUUCGGAUUUCAUGACAUCCUAUAAUUUGACUUCCAUUUAGCACAAAAGGAAAGUUCCAGGUUCAAUACAAGUUAAUCUUAAAAAAAACAAAAAACAUUUAUGGAAUAAUGAAGUGCAAUAAUGCUCAAAGUUAAAAACUUGAGAAAUAACUAGUGAGCAGUGAGCAUCAUCUCAUUAUGUUGGGGGAAAAAAGUUAUUUGUAAGCUACCAAAUUAACAUGCCUAAGUGACUAAUCCAAAUAUAGCUUUCAUUUAACGUUUUAUUAUGGAUGUGUUUUUUUUUCUGGGGUCAUUUUAAACUUUUAUUUACAAUAUUUAUCAGAUAGGUUCUUCCAAGUGAUUGUAUGAAUUUUUCUUUAUGCCACAGUCUACGCUUGUAUUUCUUACAUGAAUAUUUAAUAUAAAAAUUGCUCUAAAAUGCCUAAAUAUCAAUGAAUAGGACAUUUGUUUUGUAAGAUUCUUUGCAGCAUCUUUUUUUAUAACUUACUUGACAAAUGUUUGUUUAUCAAAUAAACAUUUGACUGUG